AUCUUUGAGCCCAGUGGAGGAACAUAGACACAGAGAGAGAGAGAGAGAGACAGAGAGAGAGACACUGCUUCCUGCAGCCUGCAGACCGGAUCGACUGCUCUGUCUGCUGCACAUCUGCUGAUCUCGGAGGACUUGACCCACCAUGGAGAUUUCAUUUACAGGCAAACGAGCUGUGGUCACCGGAGCAGGAAAAGGGAUCGGCAGGGCCACGGCUCUGGCUCUGGCACGCUGUGGGGCAAAGGUCACAGCGGUCACACGCACGCAGGCUGACCUCGACAGUCUGCUGCAGGAGUGUUCCUCCAUCACUCCGGUGUGUGUAGACUUGGCAGACUGGGGGGCCACGGAGGCGGCCCUGCAGGACGUCGGCCCCGUUGAUCUGCUGGUGAAUAACGCCGCCUAUGCCAACCUGCAGCCCUUUCUGGAGGUCACGCCCGACCAGUUUGACCAGUCGUUCAAUGUGAAUGUGAAAGCUGUGCUGCAUGUCUCUCAGAUAGUGGCCCGUGAUAUGAAGGCCAGAGGAUCAGGAGGCUCCAUCGUGAACGUGUCCAGCCAGGCCUCAAAGUGUGCCCUCAAAGACCACACUAUCUACUGUGCCACUAAAGGAGCCCUGGACAUGCUGACUAAAGUGAUGGCUCUAGAGCUGGGACCCCACCAGAUCCGAGUGAAUAGUGUGAACCCCACGGUGGUGAUGACUGAGAUGGGUCGCCUGGGCUGGAGCGACCCCGAAAAAGCCAAGACCAUGACGUCCCGCAUCCCCCUAGGCCGCUUCGCAGAGGUGGAGGACGUGGUGAACAGCAUUUUAUUCCUGCUGAGUGAUAAGAGCAACAUGACUAACGGAGUCUCUCUGCUGGUGGACGGAGGCUUCCUGGCCUGCUGAUCAACACGAUGCCUCGUCUCAGCACACCGCCCAUCUGCUUCCUGUCUCAUCACCUCACUGCAUUAUACAAACAGAGGUCAAUUUGAUUCAGUCAUUAAACAACCAACCUCUAA